UAAUGAAAAUUCAGUUUUCCAUGCUAUUUCAUUUGCAGCGGUGUUUAGUCGCCCUCCAGCGGAACAUCGACGCGUUGCAACGGAGUCCCCUUUUCCUACAUUCGUCCCAUGAUGCAUUGCGUCUCCAACGGCUUCAGUCAUUCAAGCAGCGCAGCCCAGUGUGUGUGAGAGUGAGUGUAUGUGAGUGUGUUUUGCUGAUAGGCCACUUGGGUUCUGGAGCCUGUGUCCUACACCGGACCGGACCGGACCGAACCCGAGACCGGUCGUGAGAACGAGUCGAAGCCGCAUUUCCAACUCAUGCUUCGGAUAGCUGUGGCCUGUGAGGGGAAGCAGACGUUUGGGCGCCAGAAGCCGUGCAGUCGGCGAGCCGCUAAGACGGAUAUCCAACGCAAACAGCUGUGAAAAACAAAAAUAGACAAACUUGAUGGAUUUGGAGCCUGGCCGGAACGACCUGGGAGCGAUGGGAGAAUCUCUGCAGCCGGCCACGCCGAGCCGCCACGAGAAGAGCCUCGGAUUAUUAACCACCAAGUUUGUCACUCUUCUACAGGAGGCGAAGGAUGGAGUGCUGGACCUGAAAGCCGCUGCUGAUACGCUGGCCGUACGGCAAAAGCGGCGGAUCUACGACAUCACAAAUGUUCUAGAAGGCAUCGGACUGAUAGAGAAGAAGUCAAAGAACAGCAUUCAGUGGAAAGGUGUAGGUCCUGGCUGUAACACACGAGAGAUUGCUGAUAAAUUAAUAGAUCUGAAGCUGGAGUUGGAGGAUCUGGACAGGAGGGAACAUGAGCUGGACCAGCAGAGGGUCUGGGUACAGCAGAGCAUCAAAAAUGUGACUGAUGACUCACAGAACAGUCCUCUGGCUUAUGUAACGCAUCAAGACCUCUGCAAUUGCUUUAAAGGUGACACUCUACUAGCAAUCCGAGCACCGUCAGGUACACAACUGGAAGUGCCGAUACCAGAGUCUGUUGGGAAUGGGCCAAAGAAGUACCAGAUUCACUUAAAGAGUUCCUCUGGGCCUAUCGAGGUCCUCCUGGUAAACAAGGACCCCUCCAGUGCCUCACCAGUAGUGUUACCCGUUCCUCCUCCAGAGGACAUGCUUCAGAGCCUCCCUGCCUCUUCUUCUGCUGCCUCCACCACCAAACCAGCAGACAGCAGUACUGCAGGUGCAGCCCCAGCUAACCAGAGUCCUCCCAACACAACUACUGCCACUGCUGGACCAGCUACAGCAUCCAGUAACAACACCUCAGAUACACCGGCCAAUCAGACAUCCCCUGAGGACAGCCAGCAACUUCAGUCAUCUGCCUCUCUGGACAGUAGCUCCUCACUUCCUGAAUCCUCAGCACUUUUUGAACCAAUCAAAACAGACCCAUCAGAGUUACUGGACUUCCCCAAAGAACUUUCAGAAAUGUUUGACCCCACUAAAGAAAUCAUGAGUACAGAUCUGUUGGAAGAGCUCAUGUCAUCAGAAGUUUUCUCCCCACUCCUACGCCUUUCUCCUCCUCCGGGCGACCAUGACUACAUCUAUAACCUGGAUGAGACCGAGGGCCUGUGUGACCUUUUUGAUGUACCCAUUGCCAACCUUUGACCUCCAAACACCGGAUAAGAGUAGUAUACUUAAAUUAAAAAAAUAGAAAAAAAAGAAACCUUUUUUUUAUUUUUAUUUUUAAAUUCAAGUUUUAAAAAAAGUGUGGCUCUAUUUCAGAUCCAUGUGUAUAAGCUGAUUUUCAUGUGUAUAUAUAGAAAUGUAUGUGUUUUUGUUUCUUUUUUGUUGUAUACUCACUCAAAGCAGAGAUCUACUGAAAAGUGGCACAGAAUGUUUCUCUGCCUCGCUCUCCACCUCACAGCUGAAGCUUCACUGAAAUCACCCAACCUGUCCUUUAAAUUCAGGACAUCAGAACAGCCAUACUUUUUAAACAGAUUUUAACCCAACAACACAUGGAAUCGAGUUCCUCCCCCUGUUUGAGCGGAGACUGAGAGCAUUGGUUUUUCUCCUUUUGUUUUCAAAUACAUACACGAUGAGUUUUGAAAUACAUUACAGAAUCAGAAACUUAAAACACCAGCAGUGGUGAGCGCUUUGAAGAAACACCAGCUCUGUUUUCUUAGGUUUCCUGUCUUCCCGUAUCAGUGGAAGUAAGAAUUUGUUUAUUGAAGUAAGCAUAGAGUUGCAUGUAAGUGGCACCUUUAUAGUGUCUACAUGUAUAUUCAUUUCUGUCUGAGAUGUUUUUCCACUCUGCCUUGAGAAAGCAGUGGUGUCCAGUAUGGAGAAUGUAGCUAAAAGAUUCUGCUCCAUCCAACUGACCACAGAGAGCCAAAUCCUUUUAUUUUGAAAGCACGAGAGAUCCUUUAUUGUGCUGAACUUCGUGGAGUAAAUUGAGGAAUGUAAUGUAUUUUUUUGGUUUAGUUUCACAAGCAAAAAGUGCAAUGUUGGCAGUUCUUCUUCUUAAAGAAUUUCACCAGUUUUUCAAAAUUUUUAUGUAAUUCAGUGGUUGAGAUGUGAACAAGUCAUUUAGGGUGGUUUGAUGUGAAGCGGUUCAUUUUAGAGAAACUUACUGAUUUCUUUACAGUGGUGGUGAUAGGAACCAGGGGUCACAGUGUCUACAACACCCAUAUAUCCAUUUUUAUUUAUUAUCCAAAACCACCAGAACCUACACAUCAUUUAAGCUUUGAUAUGUAAUGUUGAUGGUAAAAUAAUAAUAAAUCUAAAAAAAAGUUUUCAUUACUAUUUUCCCUGAUAAGGCCUUCCAUGUUUCCUUCCACCAUGUAUGUAAAUGAGGUUUAAGCCAACACUAUCAUAAAAACAAUUUUUGACGCAAGGCAGCAUAUUCAUGAACAUUUCAUAUAGUAGUUUAAAACAUAAUUAUGCAAAAAAACCUUUUUUUUUUAAUGGUGGAAAAAAUCCUUUUUUCCAUUUAUGUUCCUUUUUCAUGACUUAACUGCACAACUACUUAAAACAGUUAACACAGCAUCACCGUCUGUAGGUCUGCAGUCUCAUUAAAAUUACUAGGAACUAAACCUUUUUAAUGGUCUGAUGUUCUCUGGACUUGGACGUCCAUCAAAAUAUACAACUAACUUUAAGUUAUUAAUUCUGACUGCAGUUGUAAAGUAGAGGCGUCUCGACUCAGAUCAACUGUCCCUUUAAAUGAGCUUAACUUUCUCCUUGUGUUUAUCUCCUACACUUUAGGCCUUCCACCUAUGAAGCAUUUAUAUGUAUGUAUAUGUAUUUUUGCUAAACAUAGCUAAAUGAUUUUGUAUUGUUCGUAUGUAUGAGUGUAUAAAGAAGGAAAUACGUUGGGUUGAAUUGAUUCAGUACAUGAAUUCUGAGAGAAAUCCGGUACCGGUUCCACAGCUGAAAUAUGUCAUCAUCUAUGUAGAUGCAGAUUAUGACUGUUGGUUUGAGCAUAACCUCUCCUGUUUUAACAUGUAUUGCCCCCUUGUUCUCCGAUUAUUACAGUCAGCUAAAGGAUAUUUUUAUGGUUGUACACAUUAAGCAUUUUACUGUUUAUUUUUGUAUUGAGUAGGUAGGCAGCUGGUCUUAGCAAGCACAGAAGGAGCUUUUUAUAUCAAACUUAUCAUCACAACACCGCACUUUACGAACAGUAUGCUCACUUUGGUUGCUUCCAUUCCCUUCAGUCGGAUGGAGCGCUCACUUCAGGUCCAGGGAAAAUUGAAAAACUUUCAAUCUUCUGUCUCAAUGCCAUGUACCGAGGUCGUUUGUUACAGACCAAUUAGUAACUUACCAGAAUGACCAUCUCUAAGAGAAAUAAAUACCGAUUUUGUAA